AAUAACGGGGCCCAUCGUCAUGUAGUGGGGCUGUAGGGGUACACGGAACUCUACUGCAGAUAAGGGAGGAAGAGUUAGCGUUGAGUCUCGCCCAGUGACGUCGUGAGUGAGGGACAUUGUGGAGAGCGAAGAGAAGGGAAGGAAAACGCAGAGAUGUGUGUGUGUGUGUGUGUGUGUGUGUGUGUAGGCUAUCGUGCUUUUCCCGAGUGAACAUUUUACACCCGUUAGAAAUACAGCGAGUUUUUUUUCUUCAAUUUGGGUGAGAGAAUAUACGUAUUGCAGUCUUGGUUUUAGGGUUUUGGGGAAACUGUGUUUGCACAAAAGCACACUUUUGCACACACUGCUGUCGUCAUUUGCUGUUUAAUUUCUCCCCAAGAGUCUAAUUCGACGGAAACAUGGCUAUUGAACGGGCGUCUAGUACUUGUAAGUAUGAUUAUAGUGACCAAUAGGCUACAGUAAUCGCACCUAAACUUGGUAAUGAUUGUAUGCAUGCGUUUUUUUACUUUGAUGGACUAUUGAUACAUUUUUUUUGCAUUCAAAUCGACGUUUUGUCAACGAUCUAAACACCAAGCAAUAUGAAUGUAUGACAACAGUAGGCUACUUAAUCAACAUUCGGCUAUCUACAGCUUUGAUUUCUACGCGAGACUGUUAAUGUAUGCAUGGAGACAAUUAUAGGCUAAACGCAGCAUUUGACAACAGCGCCAUUAACAUUUUUAUUUUAUUUAGCGUCUCAGUAGCCUACUGGUUUAGAUGCGGACAGAUUGAAUAUUUAGGCUAGAGUUAUUGGUUGUGGUUGCCAUUCGCUCUUGCGGGCACGUGCAUACACAUUGAUCCUCACACACACAAACACACACCUUUUCACACACGCCUCAGCACGGACGCUGGAUGUACAUCAACCAAGACUCUUUUUUUUGUGUGUGAUCAUCUUCCUCGUCAACUGUCAUCCCGAGCCAGUAGCUGAACAGUGCGGCAGUGGAGGGAUGGCACUUCUCCUUUUAAUUUUCCUAGUGUUCCCCUCCCUCACACCGGCCAAACACAAUACAACCACAGGAGGCUGUGCUAUCAUCCGUCCUCCCAGAGAUGGAGGGAUAAGGUACAGAGGACUGACCCAAGAGCAGAUCCGCAGUGUGCAGGUGCUCCCCCUGGACUAUGAGAUUGAGUACAUCUGCAGAGGGAACAGGUGGAUCGUAGGACCCAAGGUGAGGAAGUGUCUCCCCAACGGUACCUGGACUGACCUCACGCAGCGCAGCAAAUGCUUACUACUGUGCCCGCGGGUUUGGACAUCUCUGGAGAACGGCCGCGUAUCAGAGUGGCCCCUGGGGCCCCCAGUGGAGGGGACCAUACUUCAGUACAGCUGUCUGCCAGGAUUCAUCCUGAUUGGAAGGAACUCCACACACUGCAACAAGUUGGGCAAAUGGGACUCGCUCAAACCCGUCUGCCACUGUGAGUACAGAUACUGCAGCUAUAUUAUUCUUGGAUCCAAUUGA